AGUUAGUGUAAUUUAUAGCAAAACGAACAGAUUAACUGUAAAAUAUGAAAUAAAAAGAAAUAAGAAAGGGAGAGUGUUAGAGAGAAAGAGAAAGGGUGUUGCCAAAAUUUAGUAGUUAAUGCAGAGAAAGGGUGUUGCCAAAAUUUGCCCACCUUUAACACUUGUCUCUCAAUCCACACUCUUCUUUCACUACCCUUUGCAAAGUUCUUCUUUGUUGUUGUUGGUGGCGGUGUUAGAGUAAGUGAGUUUCCAAGGGAGAAAAAGAGAAAACAAAAAAAGGACCCAAGGGAUGUAAAGAGAGAAAGAGAGUGUUUUUUUUUUUUGGUGUUAUUCCAGAUGCUCUUUCAAUGGGGAAAAAUGAAGACCCAAAUCUACAGCAAAGAGAGCAGAGUCUUGAAUCAGGGAACAAUCAACGGCAUCCGGGAUUCUUGUGUGGGAGAUGUUGGAUGGUUUUGUCAAGGCUUUCAAAUGAGUUCAGUUUCAGAUGUGUUUUUGUUUUGUUUCUCGGUUUGUCGGUUUUGUUGCCUGGCAUCUUCUGGAUCCUUCCUUUUCACUUUAUAAAGUCUGGGUUUGAUGCUAAGCAAGCUAUUAAGCUCAGUGCCCCAGUUCAUGCAUACUUUACACUUCAGAAACCAGUUUCAGAGCUUGUUCAGCAUAUUAAAAAGCUAGAGUCUGAUAUCUAUGGAGAAAUAGGUGUUCCGGACACUAAGGUGGCUAUCUUAUCCAUGCACCAGUCAGGUGUGUCUAACUCUACUGAUGUGGUGUUUGGUGUUCUUUCCGAUCCCAUAAAAAGUCCAAUAAAUCCAGUAUCCCUAAGCUUGCUGAGAUCAUCUUUGAUUCAGCUGUUUCUCCAACAAUCCAAUCUGACUUUGACAACUUCAACUUUUGGGCAGCCUUCUAAGUUUGAGAUUUUGAAGUUUCCCGGUGGAAUCACUAUAAACCCAGUACAAUCUGCUUCCAUCUGGCAAAUAACACAGAUUCAAUUUAAUUUUACUCUUUAUAAUUCAAUAUCUGAAAUAGAGGACAAAUUAAUGGAGUUAAAGGAUCAGCUAAAAUAUGGACUGCGUCUGAGGUCUUUCGAGAAUUUGUUUGUGCAAUUAACAAACAAAAAUGGCUCCACAAUAUCUGCGCCAAUCAUAGUUCAGGCUUCAGUGAUGUCAGAUGAUUUUGGUAGCCUUCUGCCUCAGAGAUUAAAGCUGUUGGCUCAAACCAUCACAGACUCUCCUGCAAAGAAUCUUGGUCUUAAUAAUUCAGUCUUUGGUAAAGUUAAAAGCGUUAGCUUAUCAUCUUACCUGAAGGAUACACUUCAUGCUACCCCUCCCACUCCUUCACCAGCUCCAUCUCCAGGGCCAUCGAUUUCUCCGCGUACUACUUUUUUGCCGACUCACUCUCCAGUGUCAUCACCCAAGAAUCAUCAUCUUCCACCUCGUCCUAAGUGGAAAGCUUUUUCUCUAUCUGUUCGUAGUCCUCUGCAUUCACCAGGUCCUGGAAUUGGUCCCUACCCUUCUUUUCCUCCUUCAAGAUCUCCUGCACCUUAUAAUGCAGUGACUCACCCCCCUCCACCAUGUCCAUACUCUCGUCCUGCGCUUCCGCCAAGCACUUCACCAAGAUCUCAUUCUAACCUAAUUUCUAACCACCCACCUCUAAUGAGUCCCCAAUCACAGUUGUCCCCAGAUCUACCACCUUUACCUUCAGUGUCUUACGGAUCUCAUCCAGGCCAGGGUAUGGACAGUAUGAAAGGCCCAGUUUCUGCAACACUUGCUCAGUCUCCAUCUGCACAAUCUCCAUCAUCUAUAGCAGUUGCUGUUCUCCCGAAGGAAUUCUGGUUAAUGGGAUUUUUAGGAUUCUUGAUCUUUCAUCUCCUUUAAUGAUCAAUGACUUAUGAUAGAUGAUGUUCAUUUCCCAAUUUUGAUAUGGUAAGGAUGGUUGAAGCACCUGUGAAAAUUUUCCAAGUUUUUCCUUUUCCUUCAAGCAAGCAAUGUAUAAAUGAGAUGGAAGAUGAACUGCUGGUCAAAGCCAGAAAGUUGGCAGGCCACUCAUCUCAUGAUGUCAUGACCAUAAACGCAUGACCAAAAGAAGCAGGCAUCACCUCGCAUGUUUCAUGAAGAACAAUCUGUAUAUUGACUCAAGUGUAAAGAAUAUGCUGGUUCUUUUUUGAGCAACUAUAAUGUCAUGUGGAAAUGUAAAAACAAAUGGUUUAUAGUACUGAAUGAAAUAUAAGAAAGAGUAUAUAUUUUUUGUGGAUUCAGCAUGUUGAAUA